CCCCCCCCCCAUGUAUAUACAGAAUGAAAACACCCCAUAAACACCAGUGAGAUUGAGAUUUGAGAAAACACAGAUCAGCCAUAGCUAGAUCCACCCAAAAAUUUCCAGGAAGAAAUCCCCAAUUAAAAAAAAAAAAAAAACCCUAACCCUAACCCUAAUUCAAUUUUGGGGAUGAACAACCACUGGGGCGGGUCGCUGGAGAUCCACGAAUCGACGGCGGCGGCGGACGACGAGAAGAGCCGCAACAUGGAUUGGGAUCGGGCGUCGAUCUCCCACCAUAGCAACCUCGACGAGACGCAGCAGAGCUGGCUCCUCGGCCCCUCCGAGAAGGAUAAGAAGAAGAAAAAGUACGUCGAUUUUGGGUGCGUCGUCUGCAGCCGCACCGCCGUGAAAUGGACCGUCUGGACCGUCGUCGCCGCCUUCGUCGUCAUCGCCCUUCCGAUCAUCAUCGCGAAGUCUAUUCCUAAGCACCGCCACCGCCCGCCGCCGCCGGAUAAUUACUCGCGAGCCCUCAGUAAAGCGCUCCUCUUCUUCGACGCUCAGAAAUCGGGAAGACUCCCGAAGGGAUUCAACAUCUCAUGGCGAGGGAAUUCGGGUCUGCAAGACGGGUCGGACAAACCCGAAAUAAAAGGCGGGUUGGUCGGCGGGUACUACGACGCCGGCGACAACACCAAGUUCCAUUUCCCGAUGUCCUUCGCCAUGUCGAUGCUGAGCUGGAGCGUCAUCGAAUACCCCCACAAGUACCGCGCCGCCGGCGAGUACAGCCACGUCCGCGGCCUCAUCCGGUGGGGCACCGACUACCUCCUCCGCACCUUCAACUCCUCCGCCGACCACAUCGACAAGAUCUUCACCCAAGUCGGCGGCUCCCAGAACAACUCCGCCGUGCCGGACGACCACACCUGCUGGCAGCGCCCGGAGGACAUGGACUACCCCCGCAAAACCCUCGAAACCUCCUCCGGCCCGGACCUCGCCGGCGAGAUCGCCGCCGCGCUCGCCGCCGCCUCCGUCGUCUUCCAGGACGACCCCUCCUACUCGCGGCGGCUCUCACGCGCCGCCGAGGCGGUCUUCGAGUUCGGCCGCGAUUUCGGGCGGCGGUCGCCGUACAGCCGGGGGGAUCCGUACAUCGAGCCGUACUACAACUCGACGGGGUACUACGACGAGUACAUGUGGGGGGCGGCGUGGCUGUACUACGCCACCGGAAAAUCGAAUUACUCGGAUCUGGCGACGAAUCCGGGGCUGUCGAAGCACGCGAAGGCGCUGUACAUGUCGCCGGAGCUGAGCGUGCUGAGCUGGGACAACAAGCUGCCGGCGGCGAUGCUGCUGCUGACCAGGAUGCGCCUCUUCCUCAGCCCAGGGUACCCCUACGAGGAGAUGCUCAAAACCUACCAGAACGUCACCGGACUCACCAUGUGCUCCUAUCUCCAGCAGUAUAAUGUCUUCAACUGGACGAAAGGAGGAAUGAUUGAUUUAGCCCGUGGGAAGCCGCAAAAUCUUCAGUAUAUUGCUAACGCAGCGUUUCUAUCGUCGUUGUUUGCGGAUUAUUUAAACGGCACGGGCGUUCCGGGUUGGCAAUGCGACAAUAAAUUUUUCCGGAUUUCUACCCUCAAGGACUUUGCUGCUUCCCAGAUAAAUUACAUAUUAGGUGAAAACCCGCAAAAUAUGAGCUACGUAGUCGGAUACGGAUCCAAGUAUCCACGGCAAGUGCACCACCGCGGCGCCUCGAUCCCCAAGAACUCGGUUAAGUAUUCUUGCAAAGACGGUUUCCAAUGGCUUAACUCCCGGAAACCUAACCCUAACACCAUUAUCGGCGCCAUGGUGGGCGGCCCAGAUCGGUUCGAUCAUUUUAAAGAUCUUCGAAGAAAUCAUAGUUACACUGAGCCCACUUUGGCCGGCAAUGCCGGUCUAGUUGCCGCACUGGUGUCCCUAACCAGCUACGGCGGCGUUGGUGUUGACCGGAACACCAUUUUUUCGGCAGUGCCGCCACUAUAUCCGGCCAAUCCGCCGCCGCCGCCGCCGUGGAGGCCUUAAAAAUAAUACUUUUUUAUGUGCUUGUUGGUUUUAUGGUUAUUGAGUUUGGUGGUAUGCAUAUCUUGGAUGUAUUGUUUGUACAAUACUUUAUGCACAUAUAUGAGUAUUUAUUGUUUAAUAAAUUUUGUAUUAGUAUUGAUUAUUUUGAAUCGAU